GAUAGCUGUCGGACGCUAGGCCGCAUUGUAUUAAGCUUAAUUUAUAUAUUGCGUCAAAAACCACUAGCGUUCCUUUGCAGCCAAUUUACAAUAAAUAACAAUGUCAUUAGUUAGUGCACGAAACAUAAGCUACAUGAGAUCGGCGCCACCCUAUUUGAGAAAUAAAGACGCCGGUCUACCGAUAGGUAUUGCAGAACAAAAUGACCCCAAUCAACCUAACGAAUUGAAUAUUAAUGAUGUUUUUGAGGCCAUAUCGCUCGCGGAUCCCACGUUCGGCGAGGGCCCUCCUCCUGUUGCCUUAGAGAACAUGGCGAGUCAAUCCGCGCCCCCGCGAGCACCAAGCGUGGUAAUAGUCGAGCAACCAGCCAGCAAAGCCCUCAGAUUCCGGUAUAAAUGCGAGGGCCGGUCGGCGGGCUCGCUCCCGGGCGUGUCCAGUACUCCGGAGAACAAAACUUAUCCUACAAUCAAGAUAUGCUCUUACAAGGGACCGGCCACCAUAGUCGUGUCCUGCGUCAACAAGGAUCCCCCGUUUAAACCGCACCCGCACAACCUGGUGGGGCGGGAGCGCUGCGACCGCGGCGUGUGCUCGGUGCGCACCGACGUCACGGAGGACAACAACGAGUACCAGUUCAGGAACCUUGGGAUACAAUGCGUCAAGCGCAAGGACAUCGUCGCCGAGCUGCGCCUCCGGGAGGAGCUCAGGGUGGACCCCUUCAGGACGGGGUUCGACCACCGCUCGCACACGCAGAGCAUCGACCUCAACGCGGUGCGGCUCGCCUUCCAAGUGUUCGUGCCGGACGGCGCCGGGCGCAUGCGCCGGCCGCUGCCCGCCGUCGUGUCCGACAUCAUCUACGACAAGAAGGCCAUGAGCGACCUCCUCAUCAUGCGCUCCUCGCACUGCUCCGGCACCAUCCGCGGCGGCACGCAGGUCAUCCUGCUCUGCGAGAAGGUAUCGAAAGAAGACACGGCGGUGAUAUUCUACCAGGAGGUGAACGAGCAGAUAGUGUGGGAGGAGACCGUGACGCCGUCCUACGUGCACAAGCAGGUCGCCGUGGUGUUCAACACGCCGCCCUACCGCGACCCCCAGCGCGACGAGCACGUCACCGUACACUUCCAGCUGAAGAGGUUGACGGACGACGCGCGGAGCAACUCCUUCGCGUUCGAAUACAUCCCGGACUUCCGAGAUUCAAAUUACAUAUUGGGUAAAAAGCGGAAGACCAAAAUGCCAUUAAUGGCCGCGUAUGAGCAAGAAAGGACCUUCCAGGAGCAGAUGCCGAUCAAGGCGGAGCCCAGAGAGAAGUCGCCGCACCACGCCACGUCGCCCUACGGCGCGUACCCGCCCUACAGCGACCCGAAUUGGAUGGUUCCCCCGGAGCAGAUGCGAACGAUACCGGACCUCGCCGUACCGGCCGCUACCAACAUGGACACCUUCGCCGACAUGGCGUGGAGCAACGUGCCGUAUGGACAGGGCCUCCAGCCGCUGCAGCCCGGUGCCAACGUCAUGCACUCCCCCCACUCCCUGUCCCCCAUGCACAGGGGGCAGUCCGUGUCCCCCAUGCAGGACCCCCAGUGCGGCUCCCCCAUGCACGGCGGCCCCUGCGUGUCCCCCAUGCACGGCGGCGCCUGCGUGUCCCCCAUGGUCGGCCCGAUGAUGCAAGUCGGGUCUACAUCGCCCAACAUGCAACACAACACUUAUAAUCACCUGCCCCAGGGCGCGGAGGCGGACGGCGCCGGGACCACGUUCUCCGCCCAGUUCCUUGACCGCGAGCCCAUACUCAACUCCAGCGAGUUCCGAUCCCUCCUCGGGGGGGACGGGAACAUGCUCUCUGCCGACCUCAACAAGCUCUCCACAAGCGACCUCCUGCUGUGAACCUCAACGUUGAGGCCGACAGUAGCGCCCCGGUGGGGGGCCUCGUAAGAUUUAAACUAUUUUUAAUUUGUAUGUGUAAUGUAGCUUAAGCUUAGUUAUGGACAUGUGAUAAAUGAGUUAUUGAUAAAGUGAAAUGAUUCUCGAAGGAUUCUGUUGAGAAACUGAUAAAUCUAUGCCCUGCCUUCAACACGACAGGAAUAUGUGUAGUUUGUAUCCACGCGAUGCACACAUACGUACAAACAGAAAUCGAGAAAGAUGAUCUUACGAUAACUGACACUGUCAAUAAACCGACAGACCAACUAGGAUAAUACAAAUAAUUUAAAUAAACAUCACUUGUAAUAUAAUGAAAUAAAAAUAUUAAAUUCAAUCAAAAUAUCAACUCUGGCAACAGCAAACUUCUAAUGUUGCUAGUGGAAAAAAUAGCUCGAUCAUAAAAAAUUGUUUUUUAAAUGCAACGUUUCUCAAUCUGAAGCGAAGGACGAAGGGACGUGGAGCGCGGCGCGGCGCGAGGUUGAGAGCCGUCGUGCGCAGCCAGUGGCUGUCAACUUUAUGUAACGCACUAGAUACCUUCAAGUUUGUUGGCUCUCGUCACAUGCGGACACUGCGCUGGCAUAACUCAAUAUAUUCACGAAACGACACCGAUUCGAUCGAGUCCAGUGUGGUCAUGAUAACAUUGUCAAUGACAUUGUCGAUGGUUUUAUUUACGCCGCUCGCUUGCCACUCAACGCAAUCUGAUUUAUACGAUUAAUGAAUCUCGGAUUAUAAGUAAAAAAAUAAACCUUGCUCUAAAAAUAUUGGUACUUAAUUUUACAUAUCCAAUAUUGUUGGCGGGAGUUUCGACGGCUUUAAACAUUAUGAAAUAGUCCAAAUCUAAUCAAUACGGAAAUUUUCAGAAUUUGCUAAAAAUUAACUAAAGCUAAAGUAAUAAUGCUGUGGACACAACGAAUUUAGACAACUUGUUGUUUGGCAGACACUCCGCCUUCGGAAAUUAUAAUAAUAAUGUGUUCACAAAGUUAUUGAUACAAGUUUUUGUUACUGUAUGUUCUGUAUAACUGUAGCUAUCUGUACCGCCCUUCAAUAGAACACCAAUAACUAAAAUAAAUUUAAACAAUCGUUUUUAGAGAUGUUAAUUAAAUUAAAACCAUUAAUUAUAUAUUUCAAUAUCAUUAAAUAUUUAUAAAAAAAUAAUAAAUUUUUAAAUUACUACAUAAAAUCAAUUGGUUCUUAACAUUGAACGCUAAUCACAAAACGUGACGUCAUAUGUGGCUAGUGGGUGUGUAUUUGACGCGUGUAAGGAAGUUGCGCCCAAUCGAUCCUCUUUAGAACUGUACAUCUCUAUGAUAAAAUAAACUGAGUAAAUGUUAUUAUUUUUACUGUGGAACUCGUUUGUAGAUAUUUCCGUGUUAGAUACACGAUGACAUUGAACAAUUUAAUAUCCGCUUCAGAAUGCCCCCGGACAUUAAUAUGUUAGUGGCAAAAGUUUAGAAAAAAUUGAAAAAAUACAAUUAACUAAAUUGUCAGAAAUAAAAUUCGACCAUAAAAUAACGUCGUGUGUGCUAGUGCUUACCACACUACAUUGCAUAUCGCUAAUGAUACAAUAUAUAUUCUUUAAAAAGUAUUGUAUUAUAAUAAAAGUCUACUGUUAUUAAAACUUUUGUUUGAGGGUAGUCGGCGAGAUUCACUUUGAACUAUACAAGUUACAAAUUUAACUUGAACAAGCUGCACAUAUUCAUGUCGAACUGUUUGUAUUUUCUUGUUGAAAAGCUAUGUAACGUCAUAAUAUGUUGAUUAUAGAGUACAAUGUUUACGCAGCUUCUUAUGAGCUUUUUAAAUAUUAAAUAUAAUCUCUAUUAUUUUUCAUAGCAAAGGCACUUUAUGCGUUAAAGGUUGUUAUAAUACUGCAUUUCGUUUUUUUUUUUGUAUAAAUUAAUUGAAUUCAUUAAUUUGAAUUAAAGAUCUGUAGGUCUGCGAGUGUGUAUCGUGUAACACAGUUUUUAUAUUAUGCAUUUAGUUGUAGAAGAUUAAAAAUUGAAGACAAUCUCUCAUUAGCGUGGCUAGAUGAACAUUCUCUUUCACGCCAUUUUUUAUUCUGGAAAUAUUAAGUUUUGUGCAAUACCAUUUCUACUAGAUUAGAAGUGACUAUUGGGAACUUUUAAUUAUGUUUUUUCAUUACGCGACAAACAUCAUCACAUUCUCAAAAAUGUUCGUAUUUAUAAUACGUAGUGUACGUCCAACGAUCGAAAUUCGACCUUAUUCACUGAUACCCCAAGACUUAGAUUCAUUUUGUGUACUACGUUUUUUUCUUUUGUUAGUGAGUAUAGAAACAUGCUUCCAAAAUUUUUAUUGAUAAUCUGUAUAAUUCGUCAAUAGUUUCUAAAGAAAAUCAAUCGACAAACAAACGUACGAAACUGUUUUAUUUAACCUUCUCAGAUAUAUCUAGAUAUAACAUCAUUCAAAAGCAGCAAAUCAAUAAAUAAUGAGCAAUGAAAUUUAUUGAGUUCGUUAACGCAUGUGAUAAAACAGUAAUGAUUCGUAGAAUAAUAAAUAAUAUUAUCGAUAUUAUCAUCUCAACACUAGAACUAUAUUAAUUUUGAAUUUGUUACCAAAUAGAUUAUACUUUUUUGUAAAUAAAUAAAAAAUAAUGUAAAAUUUGUAUUUGAUGUGUGAUUUUUUAAUUAAUCAUGUGGUUUUUUUCUCGAUUAUAUUUUCGGUUAUUUAUUUCAGAUAAUUAAUUGUGUAAAAUGUUUAUAAAAUAGUUCAACUCAAGGUAAACAUCUUUUUAAAAUUUCGUUUGCUAUCUUUGUUGUUUCUAUUAUCACAAUUGCAGAGAUAAUGUGUCAUCUAGAAUUAAGGUAGAGACACACUGAGUAACGUCACUCAGUUUGCUCUCGGUGUAGUAUGAAAAUAAUGCAAAAUUAAAUUUGUUUCUUUUUGCACACAUUCAUUUUGUUCUCAGAGACUGACUGUAAAUUAGCUGUUUAAAAAAAUAUCACAAGUUUUAGUGACACUGGACUGUGUCAUGGCGUCGAGUGAGUGCCCCAAUUGUCGAUGCGACAGUACACCAUGACCACUCUCCAAGACCUCUUGAUGCUGCUUCAAUCACUGUAGGUGUUUAGGAAAUAUGUUGUCAACUGUCGUCGUUGCGGAUUAAACUCAAACUGCAGUAUAAGAAGCACUUAUUUAUUCCACACGCACCUUAAAAUCGUAUACAUUAACAAUCAAUUGGUUUUUAUCCUUUGAACCUUUUAAAAACGUAAAACACAAAUUUUUAUCUCAUGACAUUUUUCCCUCAAUCUGACAGCCUGUCUUUCUUUUCUUCCGGACGUCUCCCGUUGCUAAUCUGUGUGUGAAAAACCAUUCACCACACCACACCCCCACGGAGAAAGAUACGCCAGUUGAGAGCCCUUAAUCAAAAUUGUCACUAUACUCUUAAUAUUACGCAUAAUUAGGUAUACGUGCGAAUGUAUUACAAGAAUAAUUGUAUAAAACGAAGAAUUAUAAGUGAAAAUUACAGGUAACAAGUAACAAGUACAAGGUAAAGAUAGGUAACAACAGGUAACAAGAUACAAGUAGUUCUUAUAAAUCAGUAAUUUUUUUAAAUCUGACACGUCUGCCUGAGCGUGUGGUAUAAGGCUCUUUUGUUUUCUCACCUUGAAUUUUUAUUGGAAUUGACAGCGGCCUUGUUCGCAGCGGCAACAGCGGCGGAUUUUCCAGAUCCAUUGGUCGUAAGGCUUGAUUUUGCUGACAAGACAAAGGCUCGGCUUGCUUCCGUUCAUCAUCAAUGUGAUCUAUGAAAGCCGGCUUAAGUCUGUCUACACUCACGACAACUUUGUUAUUUUUUAUGGACAGUGUGAACGUUUUCCCAUCAGGGGAGCGUUCUAAUACUCUAUAUGGACCUGUAUAUGGCGGCUGCAAUGCCCUGCGGAUGGUAUCGUCUCUCAGGAAAACAUGAGAAGCGCUUUCCAAUUCCUUGAAUAUAAAUGGAGAGUUUUUACAAUGUCGAGAAGCAGGCACUGGGCGUAUAGAUGACAUUUUGUUACGCAAUUGUACCACAAAGUCGGUGGCAUCCUCAAUUUUUUCUAUUGACGAGGAAGCUAUUAACAGCUCUCCAGGGAGUCUUAAAGGUUCACCGUACACCGUUUCUGCGACUGUGGCUUCCAAAUCUUCUUUAAAGGCUGACCGCAUUCCCAGCAAAACCAUGGGAAGGGAUCUUACCCAUGAAUCUUGAUGGCAUAUUAAUGCCGCCUUGAGCUGUCUAUGGACACGUUCAAUCAUUCCGUUUGCGCAGGGAUGAUAUGAGGUAGUCCUUAUACGCUUGGUGGCGAAUCGAAGCAGCAGCCGGUUAAACAAAUCGGAUUCAAAUUGGGAUCCUUGGUCUGUAGUAAUUAUUGACGGUACUCCAAAACGGGAAAUCCACUCCCUGGUAAAAGUUUCCACCACUUCCUCUGCCGUGAUGGUACGCAUAGGCCACACCUCUGGCCACCUGGAAACCCUAUCAAUUGCCGUCAAACAAUAUCGGUAUUCGUUGCAAACCGGUAAUGGCCCUACAAUGUCUAUAUGCACGUGCAUGAAGCGACCGGAUGGUGUGUUAAAGUUUCCAGUAGGAGCUGAGUUGUGUCUUGAAACUUUGCUACGUUGACAUGCGUCACAGCUUCGAGACCAAAUACGGCAGUCCCUUUUCAUCGAUGGCCAAACGAAACGUUCUGACACGAGGCGUGUGGUAGCACGGAUACCAGGAUGACUCAAGUUGUGCAGUUGGUUGAACGCGGUUCUUCGAAAGGAAGGGGUCAAAUACGGACGUGGCUUACCUGUAGAAACGUCACAAUAAAUUGCCGAUUUCGCUUCUGGAGGGCUGAUUUUAGUUAGGCUCAGGCUAGAGCCAUUUUGUAACAGAUUUUUCAAUUCAGAAUCUGUAGCCUGAGACUUCGCGAGUGCAUCGUGAUCUUGAUCCAGCGCGAUGGCGUUGAUAUCGAUGCGUGACAUUGUGUCAGCAACGAUAUUGUCCUCGCCCUUAAUAUACUGUAUGUCAGUCGUGAAUUGGCUUAUAAAAAACAACUGGUUUAACUGAGGAGGUGGCAGCUUCUCGCGUCUCUGUAAGAAAGCAUAUAAGAGUGGUUUGUGGUCGGUAAAAAUUGUGGCAUGCUGGACUUCUAAAAUAUAUCGAAAAUGUUGAACACUUUCGUAUACCGCUAAUAAUUCUCUGUAGUAAGUCGGCCACUGUCUUUGCUGGGGUGUGAGUUUCUUACUAAAAAAAGAUAGUGGAAACCACUUACCAUUUACCUUUUGCUGAAGGCAAGACCCAAUAUGAACACUGGAGGCAUCCGUGAACAGACCUAAACUAGAAUUACUCACAGGAUGUUGUAAUAGCGUCGCCGAGGACAAGCUUUGCUUGCAGGCUUCAAAUUGCUGAAGUAGCUCUGGGGACCAAGGAAAUGGCCUGGCACCCUUGCUCUUUGUUGCUACGAGAGCCUCAAUUAGCGGUGCCUGAAACUGAGCAGCAUGUGGAACAAAACGCCGGUAGUAGUUCAGCAUACCGAGAAAUCGGCGCAUACCUUGUACCGUCUCAGGAGGUGGAAAGUCCAAUAAGACUUGGAUGCGAGCCUGAGGAGGGCGUGUCCCUUCACUGUUUAUGUGAUAGCCCAAGAAGUUAACUUCAUCUACUCCCAGAGUACAUUUGGAGGGGUUAAUUACAACUCCGUAUUCUUGUAGACGUUCGAAGAGGGUUCGAAGGUGUUUCAGAUGAAGAUUCUCAUCAGCUGAAUGAACGAGGAUGUCAUCAACGUAGGGAAAACAGAAAUCAAGACCCCGUGUGACCUCAUCAAUAAAUCGCUGGAAUGUCUGUCCCGCGUUUCGAAGCCCAAAAGUCAUGAAUGGGAAUUCGAAGAGGCCAAACGGUGUAACAAUUGCUGUCUUCGGCACGUCCUCCUCAGCGAUCGGUAUCUGGUGAUAAGCUUUUACUAAAUCGAUGGUGCUGAAAACUUUUGAACCAGAGAGGUUAUGAGCAAAAUCGUGAAUAUGGCGCACGGGGUACCUAUCUGGAACUGUUCUGGCGUUUAGGGCCCGGUAAUCGCCGCAUGGACGCCAGGUGUCGUCUUUUUUAAUUGUCAUAUGCAGUGGUGAUGACCAGGCACUUUUGGAUGGUCGAGCUGUACCAGAUUGCACCAUAUCCUCGAACUCUUUCUUAGCUGCAACUAGUUUCUGAGGGGCUAAGCGGCGGGGACGGCAGGCAAUCGGAGGCCCAUCCGUUGUUUUGAUGAAAUGGACCGUAUGGUGCUUAACGACUCGAGGCAGCCCUGGUGGUCGUGUAAUGUCUGGAAAUUCUGCUAAUAAUUCAGUAAAAAUGACCUUUCCAGAUGCAACUGCUCGAACACUUGGUUGAUCAAUAUCAGUGGUUGAGGCAAUUGAUGAUAGUCCUGUGGUCCCAUCAACUAUCCUUUCAUUUCUGCAAUCCGGUAAAAGAUUGUAAAACGCUAAAAAAUCAGAUCCGAUAAUUGCAGAGUUAACGUCGGCUAUGACAAAUUUCCAGACAAAGUUACGGCGUAGCCCGAAGUUUAGAUUUAAAUUAAUUGUGCCGAAAGUCCGAAUGCAACUACCAUUGGCAGCGCUUAAGUCGUAUUUGGUAGCCUUUCGCUUUACUGGUAACCAGUGAUGGGGGAAACAACAUAAGUCUGAUCCAGUGUCGAUUAAAAAACGGUGCUUGGUCACUUGGUCAAUGACAAACAGGCGGCGGCCAAUACUAUCACGUCGGGGUCACCAUUUUAGGAAAUAUGUUGUCAACUGUCGUCGUUGCGGAUUAAACUCAAACUGCAGUAUAAGAAGCACUUAUUUAUUCCACACGCACCUUAAAAUCGUAUACAUUAACAAUCAAUUGGUUUUUAUCCUUUGAACCUUUUAAAAACGUAAAACACAAAUUUUUAUCUCAUGACAUUUUUCCCUCAAUCUGACAGCCUGUCUUUCUUUUCUUCCGGACGUCUCCCGUUGCUAAUCUGUGUGUGAAAAACCAUUCACCACAGGUGGAUCUAACCCGCCCUACGGGGUUUCCUACUUGGGGAUCGUUACAACGAAAUUUGUUUAGCGCCUGGCGUGUCUGGUUUCUUUUUUUCAGAUCGUAAACAUAAUAUUUGUAGUCAGUCAGUCAAUUCUUAAACAGACUGGAAUUUGAACACUUAUCGAAUAUGUGGUUCGAUGUGUAUAACAUAAUUUUUCUCAAAGGCGUACGUAACGCGGACUCACAAACUUUUUAAUUGGAGCUUUGACGAUCAAUGAACUUUAUUUAGGUACCGGCGUAGUGUUCUUGCACAGAAAGCCAGUAUUAUAUUUUGAUUGAGAUAUUCACUAACGCUUCCAUUGAGUAGUCUUACUGGAUCCGCUCAAGUCAAGUGAGUAGUCAGGUCGUCCUCCAACCUUGUCUAAUAAAAAAAAACCUAGAGAAAAGGUGGGAAAAGUUGCGUAUCGACAUGUACUAGUACCCCUAUUAAGUAGACCUCAUGUACACCCGCCACGCCAUGGCUCGUCGCUUUCAAAAUUUGCGGUAAAGACUUGUUGCAUAAGUGGACCCGGUCUGUCUAACUAUAUUGAUCAAAUUAAUAUAAAAAUCUCGGUUUAACGCAUACGUUAAACCCAAUUUUUAAACGCAUAUAAAAUUAGAGUACAUAGUAUGAAGAAUAUUAAAAAAUAUGUAAUAAAAAUAUUUUAUUUUUUUCAAACAUUGGGCCUACACUAUUUUUUGGGUCGUCUUUUACAAAGAGAACAAAGUCUCAUAGUAUUUAAAUGUCAAGCUUUGAUCGAAGUAAUUACCUGAUUAUUUAUUUUAAUAGUCCAAUAAUUCGUUGUCGAUAUAGAUUGUCGUAGCUAUGGUGUCGUGUAAUAAAAGUGUCGUUAUAGAACAAACAUCACGGAAUAUCACAAUGAAAGAGUUAUUGUUUAAAUGGUGCAAUGAAACACACAGAGAAUUUAUAUUGUUGUCAUUUUAUAUAACUACUUUAAAAUAAAAUAUGAAAGUUA